AUGCCUCAUCAACCUCUCCUCCUCCUCCAUCUUCUCCCUUUCUUCAUCUCCUUCUUUUUCAUGAAAUCAAGCGCAGGCAAUAAUAACUCCUCCAUUUCUGCACUCUGUAAGGGGUCCAAAUGUGGUAGCAUUGAAGUCAAAUAUCCAUUUUGGAUUAAAUCCAACGCUACGGCCAUCCAAUACUGUGGCUAUGAAGGCUUCGGCCUAGACUGUACACCAUCUUCAGUUCCCGGCAAUUAUAACCUCACUCUUCACCUUCCCCCGGUUGAUUUCCACGUACAAAGCAUAAACUACACAGAUUACAAGCUAACCCUUGUCGAUGCCGACGUCACAACAAAUUUAUCUUGCCCAAGACCACGCAACAACCUUACUCUUGUGGACUUGCCAUUAAACUAUUCCACACAAGAUUUGAACCUCACUUUUUACUUCAACUGUACUCGUCCUCGCCUUCCUUUUUCUGCUUAUCCUGUGGAUUGUCUGAAGUCUGGUGGGAACAUGUCCUUUUUUUCAUUAGAAGCUGGUACUACUUCUGAUCCUGAUUGGUUUAAGUUCUGUGAGGAAAAAGUAGUAGUAACAGUGACUGAAGGGGAGAUUGAAGGGAUGAUUAAUGGGAAGGAUAAUAAUAUUAUUCGGAAUAGUUUGUUCUCUGGAUUUGUGCUUGAUUGGUAUAGGGGAUUUGAGUGUGCCGGGUGCGAGAAUUCUGGUGGGGGCUGCGGCCACAACAACAGCACCAAGGAGUUCUUGUGUUUUUGCAAUGACGGCACAAUUACGCAUGAUCACUGCAAAGGUACGCUGCACUUUUUCGAGUCUAAUGAAAAGUUCUUUACAGUGACAAUAUUUCCCCCUGCGAGAGAACGAAAGAGUGCAGAAGAGAAGGUUGACAAGAAAUUUGCAGGUGGGAGUUUUGCAGAAUUAGAUAGUUCCAGCUGUGAGAUUAAAAAUCAGGGUUACAUGCAAAAAUCCAAAGUGCAUAAUCAUUUGGAUAAAAGCAUUGCAAAUAUGCAAAGUGCUAUCACUUUGGAUAUGCAUCCGGUUGAGGCUGUGCUAAGCCUAGUACUUACCUAUAUGACCAAGCCCACAAAAGGGGUAGUUCAUGGACAAAUUCAGAGUCAAUGGCGUUUUUGGCUUGUCAUCAAAGUGGUUGGCAGAGAAAAUUGA